ACUUAUAGCAAUUUCACUUAAUGCCUGCCAAUGAAAUGAGAUCAGAAACAUCAUAAUUUAUAGAACUGUGCGUUACUGAAAACAAUGCCAAACUUAUGAAAACCAAAUAACAUCGGGCUCGUUAUGUACAUUGACAACAUGUAAACAUCCGUUUUCACUUUCACCAAAAACUCAAAAAAUUUCCUGAAUACAUCCAUUGAAAGCAGCAUGAAGCGUGCUUCAAUCCUAUUGUUCUGCUUGGUGUUGAUUCGGCUGGCGUCAAACACGAGGCACUUUAAGCAAAACCUACCUCAGUUGAACGUUUUAUUGAUGAUAGCUGAUGAUUUAGGAAUUGGCGAUCUCAGUUGCUAUGGGAACAAAAAUAUAAAGACUCCAAAUAUUGAUAUGCUUGCUUCUGAGGGAAUAAGAUUUAAUAGGAUGUAUUCGUUUCCUUCUGAUUCCGGUGGCAUGGCAGCAAUCUUAACAGGUCAACAGCCUCCUAAGUUUGGUCUUGUAAAGAGCAAAAAUCAGUCCAGGGACGACUUCUGGAGCCCUGCCCAGCAAGGUGCCUUGCUUCAUCUUGGAGCUAGGAAUCUAGGAAGGGUGUUUUCAGCCAACAACAUGAAUUCCUUUUUCAAUGGAAGGUGGGGGCUUGGCUUUCAACCUGACACAAUACCAACUUCGAAUGGGUUCUUAUCUUUCUAUGGGACCCUAAUGGCACACAGUAUUGGAUGCACAACAGAAAAUAACUUUUUGGAUUCAAGUCUUUUCUGGGAAAAAAUGGCUGGAUACUCGCCAAUUAUCUUAAGCCUAGUGACAAUGAUUAUCAUAUCAAAGUAUUAUUCCAUGAUAAAAUUCAGAACAUUUGUUCUAUUGAUGUUUAUUCUCUUGCUGGGAAUUCUAAGUUUACGUACCUGCUGCUGGAUGUCCGUUUACAAUCCAAAAGCAUGCAUUUUGAUGGAGAAUAACGUUAUCAAAGAACAACCGUAUAAUGAAGAUAAUGUUUCAUUAAGAUUGAUAAAGAAUGCAGUGCAUUUUUUCAAAUACAGGGCAAAAAACAAUGUCCCAUUUCUCUAUGUCAUGUCCUUUCUUCAACCUAAGUUUCCACAUCUUCGAUCAACUGAAUUCAAGAAUAAGACAAAGUCUUCUUACUACGAUUCUAUACUUGAACUUGACUGGAGUGUAGGAAAAAUCUUAAAAGCUUUGGAGAAAAACAACUUGAAGAAUAACACAUUGGUCAUCUUUGUUUCAGACAAUGCUCCAUCGUUCACUCAUCCAGUCACUAAACUUCCAUUAUCUCCAAAGCAUCUAGAAUCAAAUACAUAUACAGCACAAAAAAUUGUUACAAAGCUGCGAGGGGAGAAGGGAUCAAACUUGGAGGGGGGUUUACGAGUGCCUGCAAUAAUGAGACUACCUGGAACAAUUCCUGAAAAUGCAGAAUCAAAUGUUGUCACUUCACUAAUGGACAUAUACCCCACUGUAUUAGAUUAUUACAAUUUUGAGAAAACAGUCUAUGACAGGGCAAUAGAUGGUAAAAGCUUAUAUCCUGUUUUCAAGGACCCAAAUCUCUCCCCUUCUAAUUCACUUCAUGAUCAGCUCUACCAUUUCUGUGACCUUGGCCCUGUAGGAGCUGUAACUGUUGGAAAUCUGAAAGUCUUAUUCCGCAAAGGAACUGAAACGGAUUGCUCUGGAUCACUUCUUGAUAACCCUCUCAUUUUCAACGUUUCAUCUGAUCCUGAAGAAUUGCAUCCUUUGCCUAUAAAUGCACACAUGCCCCUUUUAUAUCACAUUAAGGCUUCCCUGAAGAAGUACGAAAUGAAACCUAACCUUCAUCAGAUAAAGCACUCGCAGUUUGACCAGAUGCCCAAUCCUUUUGAUUUUCCGUGCGAUGAUAUUCUCGAUUGCUCAAAGACAUAUGAUGAAGAUGGAUCAUUUGAUGCAUUGUUUCAUGAAUAAGCAUGAAUAAUCUAUUACCAGUAAAGAACUGUAAAGUGAUGAUUGAUGGCCAUGCACUUGCCUUUGCAGCAGGCAUGCUCUGAAACAUGACCUUGCCAAAUUUAGAGACCAGAUCAAAAGUGAGACCAUGCCAUGUUUAAGAAGAUGCCUUUAGGUAGAUCAAUACAUUAUAAAUUGCAAUUAAAAUAUUAAUGAUUAGACAGAGCUUUUAAUAUUUGACUACCAUUUUUUGCCCUUUAUAUUUUAUGCAUUUAUUUUGUACAUCAAUAUUAAACACAUGUAUGAGUAGACUAUUUUUUACAUGCUGUAAUUUUGUAAACAUUUACGUAAUGCAUUUCUGUACAUCUUUACAUAGAAAACCUGUUUUCACAUAAUUUAACUUUUACUUUUUAAAAGUAAAAAUGUUCUCCUUUGAUAUUUUUUUGGAUUUUAAACUUUAACAUACAUAUAAUGGCAUAAUAGGUUUUUUUUGUUUAAUAUACUAGUAGAUAUUUUUACAUGUGCAUUAGAAAUAAAAAAAAUUGAUUGAGUGAUAUGAAAUUAUUGAGAAACAAAGAAAGUUU